AUGCCCUUUCAGCAACCGCUCGUACCCUCCCCGACGCUCUCCGCCGCGUCCCCACACCUCCCCUCCUCCUCGACUUCGCGAUCCGCAUCGCCUGCGCUCGCAACGCAGACAACGGUCGGGCUCGGCGUGAUCGGUGCAGAAGGACUGGACGUGCAUAAGGAUCAGGAAGAACAGGUCGCAAAGGCGGAAGUGACCAGUCCGCUUGAGUUGACCCAGUUCGUGGACAACCUCCUGAACGACCUCGAAUCACGCUUCGACGCCCUCUCCUCCGACGUUCUCUCCCGCCUCAACUCCCUCUCCACCCGUGUCGACUCGCUCGAGACGAGUCUCUCAGACUUGAUGAGCGGAACGGCGCUCCCUCCUCCUUCGGCUCCCCCUUCCGUGACAAGCCCAACAAGCGCCUCCUGA